UGUGUGUGUGUGUGUGUGUGUGUUUAAAUAAAGUUAUGUCAAUUCAAACAAGAUGGCGGCUCCCUGUGGUCUCCCCGUGCUGUAGGGCUGAAGAUUUAAACUCAGAUGAGGUAUGGCCACUCCAGGAAAGUCUGUUAAAAAGGAAUUCAAAAGGCACGCUCCAGCCAAGACCUCCUUCACCUCACCUUUCACUCCGAAAUGGAGCCCACUGCCUCAAGAAGACAUGCAUUUCAUCCUGAAUGUCCUGAAGGACAAGCUGGUUUCCACGGGGCUUGAGAAGAAAGAGGUCAAAGUGUUUCGCCCGUGGAAGAAGAAGAAAGAUCAGAAACCUGCUGCUACAUCAGAACCUCAGGUGAGCCAGGAGGCACAGGUGCAGGAUUCUCCCAAAAACGGCUGGACAGAUGUGGCAACCAGAAGACAGCUGGCCAUUGGCAUCAACGAGGUCACCAAAGCUCUGGAGAGGAACGAGCUCAAACUGUUACUUGUGUGCAAGUCUAUCAAACCAGCACACAUGUCGAAUCACCUGAUAACGCUGAGCGUCACGAGAGGUGUGCCGGCCUGCCAGGUGCCCCGGCUGAGCUCCAGUGUGUCGGAGCUGCUGGGACUGAAAAGUGUUCUCGCGCUGGGAUUCAGACAGUGUGCCUCAAAAGACGACGAGGCGUUCGCUGACACUAUCGAAGCCAUUAGACCCAAAGUGCCUUCACUGGAUGUUGCCUGGCUCCACGGUGUAGCACCUGAAGACCCCGUUGACAUGGAGGAGGAAGAGGAAGCUGGUGGGAAGAAGGGCCAGAAAAGGAAGCUUGAGACUGAAUCUGAGGAGAAGACAAAGUCUGCAGCCAUCGCUCUGCAACCUCUCACAGUGAAAAGAAUAGUCGCUAACUCUGCAAAGAAAAGAAAAACAAAAGUUAAAUCAUAGAAACUCUGCCUAGAUACUGAAAGGACCAUUCCUGUUUUGUUUUUUCCAUGUGCAUGGUUUAGCUCAGCAGUUUCCAGUGUUUUUUUGUUUUUUGGCUUUUUGCCUUGUCACAUGUUAUGACCUUAAUGUGGCCAUGAGUCAUUUGCUUUUGGAUUGUUUCAUUUGAAGGAGUUGUAGAGACCUGAAGACGUGGAAAUAGUUCAUCAUUUAGAGCAAAGAAGGUCCGAUAAAAAUCUGUUUUGUUGAAC